CGCUCAGGGCACACACGCCCUUUUUCAGGCGAAGAGGGCACCAGACUUCCUGGUUGGAUGGAUCCGAUUUGUUGCCUUCAUUUCCCCGCAGAGCUCCCUGGAUGUUACCGAGUAGGGAAGCUCCGGAGCCGAGCCGAGUUUCAAUAGCGUUUAUUUUUUAUUGAUAUAACAAAUUAAGAAACAAGCAGCAGCGUGAGACAGAGGCGGCUGUGAGGACGGGAGCGGCGGCGCGGACAUCGGAGAGGUUAGCUUGGAGUGAGCUAGCAAACGCCGCGGCGGAGCGGAGUGCAGACCCCGGGUUGGCGUCGUUUCACUCUCCGAAACCUUGAAAGAAGCGAAAAACUACAAGAAAACACGGACGGAAUCAGAAAAACCGAGAGCAUGAGACUGGAGCGACGGGCGCUGUAGGAUGAAGAGCCCGGCGCACCGCAACAGAGACAUCGAGCGGCAAGCCGGCUACCUGAAGCCCGAGCACUGCGCCCCUCCUCCUCCCCGCAGCAGCUCCGGCACCAUGUGGUUUAUUCGCGACAGCUGCGGCAUCGUGUGCGGCAUCAUCACCUGGCUCCUGGUCUUCUACGCGGAGUUUGUGGUGGUGUUCGUCCUGCUGCUGCCAGCCAAAAACGUGGCCUACAGCUUCUUCAACGGGCUGCUCUUCAAUGGCCUCGCCUUCCUCGCUCUCGCUUCUCACGCCAGGGCGAUGUGCACGGACCCGGGAGCCGUGCCCAAAGGAAAUGCAACCAAAGAAUUCAUCGAAAGCCUGCAGCUCAAACCGGGGCAGGUUGUGUACAAGUGUCCAAAGUGCUGCAGCAUCAAGCCUGACAGAGCGCACCACUGCAGUGUGUGUAAACGCUGCAUCAAAAAGAUGGACCACCACUGUCCCUGGGUCAACAACUGUGUCGGAGAGAACAACCAGAAAUACUUUGUGCUCUUUACAAUGUACAUUGCACUAAUUUCCUUACACGCGUUAAUCAUGGCGGCCUUCCACUUUGUUUUCUGCUUUGAUGAAGACUGGGCAAAGUGCAGUAACUUUUCUCCACCAGCUACAGUCAUCCUCCUCAUCCUCCUCUGCUUCGAGGGUCUGCUCUUCCUCAUCUUCACUGCGGUCAUGUUUGGGACUCAGGUUCACUCCAUCUGUAGUGACGAGACGGGCAUCGAACAGCUAAAGAAGGAGGAGAGAAGAUGGGCCAAGAGGUCCAAAUGGAUGAACAUGAAGGUGGUGUUCGGCCACCCCUUCUCGAUAGCCUGGCUCAGCCCGUUUGCGACGCCGGACCACGGCAAGGCCGACGUCUACCAGUACAUCGUGUGAAACCGCCGGUGACCUGGACAUGGACUCAUUUUAAAGCGUCUCUUUGUGUCGUUUCCAUCCUGAAUGGUGGAUAUUUCUUGAAGUUUUAUCUUCUCCGGUGUUCUGUUGUACGCUUUUAGUUUCUGUAAUGUAACUUUCUGUUGUUUUUUUUGUUGUUGUUUCCCUUUUGGUGCUGAAUGAGAUUGAGAUUUGCCGCCACCAUGAAGCAGCACCGGGAACAAAAAUCAAAUGAAAGAUGGGAAGCACUCGGAGCUCUGUUCGUUGCUGCGUGUCGGAUCCUUUCCUCCUUUCUCAGAGUAAAUCAUGUGAACUGAUGACCAGCAUGAUCCGGGUAUCGACUCCUGGAUUCGUCUUCCUGUAAACAAUCCCGCCAUCCUCUUACUUACUUUGCUGUUUCAGUGUCUUUGCGAUAAUCUCCUCCUGAAUGCUGCAGGUGAUUUUUGCCUUAGAACGGUCCUUUAGCAGGCGGCACAUCUGAUAGUUUUGAAGAUAUCUCUAUUUAUUGCCUUAAUGCAACACUGCAGGUUGUCACUGGUUUACAUUAUUUUUGAAGUGAGAAUGUUGCAGCCUUGCUCAGUGGGUGGAUUUGUUCAGGAUUGUGUUUUUAUGCUUAUUUUCCUGCAUAAAAGCCGUAAAGGUAGAACAAAUCAUGCGUGAUGAGAUUCGGAUUGCUUUAUAUGUAAACUAUGGAAGCAACCAUCCUAAAGCUGAAGCAAUAACUCCAGUGAUUGGUUUAAGUUAUUAUCCUUCAUAUUACGGCAUGUUUUAACACGUUAAACACAAAACUUAUGCUUUUUUUUUUAAGCAUAAAAACCUCCAUAUUUAUUGGCAUACCCAGUAAAGAUACAUGUGUAAAAUAAAAUAAUCUUUCUGCUUUAGCUUAAUGUCGAUGUUGGCUUUAGUUUCUGAGAUCCAUUUAACCUGUCAGCAUUGACAGAGUUGUUUUAAAUUUUCUAAUUAUUCCGUUAAUCAUAGAUAUGCUCAAGUUUAGACGAGAUGGAUUCUGUUUGAUCACCAUUUCCUAACUUUUUACACGUCUACCUUAUAAUUAAACUGCAUGUUCUCUUGUGUUUCCCGUUUUUCAGAGAACAGGAAGCAGGAAAUCUUCACUUUACUUUUUUCCAGUUUUAAAGAAGAAAAGUAAACAUCUGGAUUUGUUAGGUUUGUCUAUAACAAUGGCACAAGCAGUAUUAUUUCAAUUACUUACAGGAUUGAAUGGAUAAAUGUACUCAAACUGAAGUUUGAAAUGUAUUUUUUAAUACUUCAACUGUUAAAAAAAUAUUAAAUCUCCUUCCAUACCUUUACAUGGGCUGCCAAUAAAUGUAGAGGCCACAACAGCUCUGGAAAAAGCUGCAAAGUGCUGUGAUUUUAGUAAAUGUAGGUCUGUGUUUUGAGUAAAAUUUAGCAUGCUAUUGCUUGUUUUCGUUUUGCGUAUUGCCUUGCGGAGAACUGCUGUGCUUCAAGUUGUAUUUACCGGCUUUCCGCUCUUCGUCUCCUCGGAAAUUUACAAACAUUUAGAAUAAAAAGCAUCUUCAAAAAAGCUGGAAAUCUCCUGGUGGAGAUCCAAGUUAAACCUGUGCAUGAUGCUUUACAAGAAAAUCCUGUUUGGACGGGUUCAGGCGAAAUGAUGAAUCGGGAUGAAUUAUAAUCCCAACAAGACUGAAAGGAAGACGAGCUGCAUAAAAAUACUCUUAGAUUUCUGACUUGUCCUGCCUCACUGCUUUUUGAAAUGUCUUUCACAGUCAAAACAAGAGAGAUGUAACAUUUUUUGGGCUGAAACUAUAACUCGUCGGUUUCCCAUCAGUGUCACUGAUCCUGUUUGGAAGCAGAUCUCCAGAUUUGUGCAUUAACAUAAUAAAAUGACUAAUGUUUGUAGAAAUUAAAGUUUAAGCUACAUGUUUAAGUUGAAAACCUGUGGAUUGCAGCUUAGAAGAGCAAAAUAGAAAGCAAUAUGAGUUUCCGUAGCAUCUAUAAAAAAAUUUUAAUGAAAUAUUUUGUAGAUUUUCCAGUCUUUGCAGUCGUUAACUUCAGUUUCUCAGCCAGCAGAUGAACCAGCAUCCUUUUAUUAUCUGCUACUUGUAAAUGUUUGGCCUUUUCACCAGCUGUAGUUGGAAAUGUGAAGCCCCCAAGCAUAAUUCAGCUGCUCAGUUCACGGCGUUUGCUUGUGGGUAAUGUAGUUUGUCAUUGUAGCUGAACCCGGAAAGCAAACGAGGGUCUUUACACGAUCACAUGCUGAGCUACGUUUCGAUCAGACCGGAAAAGGCCUGCUGUGACUUUUAGAUGAUGUUCUGAGGGAAACAACCACUUCAGAGUAUUGAACACUAAAAAAAAUGCCUUUGCCUGUGUGUUUUAAAGCCUUACUGUAUUUAAAGACAUCUAAAUGCAGAUAAAAGGAAAUAUUUGAGUGUACAUGAUGCCAAAUUGAGUCUUUAAUGAAGUCGGUUAUUGUAAGAUUGCAGCACGGUUGUUGUUUCAUAUAAAGGCAUUUAAAUGAAUUUAUUUUUAUAACCGUCACCGUUAUUUGGAGAUGUAGCAAGUUUGCAACACAGUGCAACAGUUUUCCUCUUUUUUGUUGUUGUCAAACUGCUCUGUAUGUUUCUCUGUUAUCAGGUUUUAUUUUUUUUUGUUGACUGAUGUUUUAAAGAAGAAAGUCAAUAAAACAAAUUUCAAAUCAUAUAAGAUUCAUUACUGUAAUGUAAAAACUAUUAGAUGUUUUGUUUUAGGGUUCAUUACAAAAUGUUAAGUUACACAACUGCAGAUGUUUUUGCUGUAUAGUUAUUAAAAACUUAACUCCCAA